AUGAGACUUGUUCUUGCGUUGGCUGCCUAUUAUAAACCGAAUGCAGUUCGACCUUCACAUUCCCACAGAAUGCCAACCGCUGGAUAUGCACAUUCGGCCUCUACAGCACUGGCAGAAGCUCAUGAGCAUGCCUCGACUGUCAUCAAGAAACCUAGCAGACCAUCAUUCAUAGAUAAUAACUGGAGAACUCCACAGUCAAUUUCAAAAGAUUCUUCUGAUAACUUGCAAAAACAAAAUGGUUUAGAAAGUGAUGAGACUCAACAAAGAGAUUUGAUAUAUGCACUUGCCAACUUGUCACAAGAACAUAAUAACUUGUUGUAUGUGCACGAUGAAGUUUUGAAGGAAUUGAAUGAAACCAAGUGUCUUGCUCAACAGUUGUUUAUCACGAUGAGUGGAAGUGAAGAUGGCAGUUGCACUUCAAACAGCUUUCUAGACGGAACUACCAAAGUAGAUGGUCAAUUAGGUGAAUCCAGUCUAUCAAAAACUUUUCAUAAUAUGCAUCGUUUACUGGAUGAGUUGGAACUGCAUCACCAGCGAACGGACUGUCGAAAUAAUUAUGAACAUCAAGAAGCGAAAUCAUGGAACAGAUUAAGGAUUAGAAUGAUAACAGAAAUUAAGGAUGAUCGUAGAGAAGGGGCGUUUAGGAAUAGGUUUUUAUAA